AUGCGAAACCCCCAUCGGAGCCCUCGCCGCCCCGGGCAGCACUCUCGCCCAACGCAUGCGCCACCGAUCGCUGGAUCACCUAACCCUCCCGUUACAAGGCCAAGCUCCGCCACGGACUCCGAAGCGCGGGUAGCCGGCGCCUCCGUCCAAUACAGCAACAACUGGGCCGGAGUGGUGCGCGAGCAAGCACCUCCCGAAGGCCCCUACACGGCCGUCACCGCCACAUUCACAAUCCCCACGUCGACGGACGUCGCCAACCAAAAUGGAGUACAGGCCGGUUCCGUCUGGGUCGGCAUCGACGGCGACACCUACGCGGGGGCUAUCCUGCAAGCCGGCGUGGACUUCUACUCCGACCCCAAUCAAGAAAAUCACGCCUGGUUCGAAUGGUACCCGGCCUAUGCGACCAACUUCCCGGGCAUCGACGUGAACGAAGGCGAUACGAUUGUCUCGACCGUUCGGGCUACUUCCCCGAGUGAGGGUAUCGCGAUCAUCGAGAAUAAAUCCACGGGCCAGACGGUAUCGCAGGCUGUGACUGCUCCUGCGCCGACGGCGACGCUGGCGGGCCAGAAUGCGGAGUGGAUCGUGGAGGACUUCCAGUCUGGCGAUUCCAUGGUUGUCAUGGCGAACUUCGGGGAGGUCAAGUUCAGCGGUGCGCAGGCUCAAGCCGGGAAGGCUACGUAUGGAUUGGAUGGGGGAGAGAUUAUUGAGCUGAAGCAGAACAAUAAAGUGCUGACUCAAACUGAGGUGACCGGGAACAACGAUAUGACGGUUAAAUUUAUUGGAGAAUGA